AUGAAUUAUGGUCCUCUAAAGCCACACUCCAUUGGAAGCUUGACUGCUGAGACUGUAAACACAACAGCAGUAUACCUGCAGUGGGAACAACCAGGAGAGUACCAGAGUACUUACUGGUACCAGGUCCAGACCUCAGGAUGUCUCACUCCUCCUCAAAAUAGUACAACAAGUAGAGAAGAGAUCACCCUAACUGACCUGACACCUGGAACCAACUGUAUAUUUACAGUUUCUGUCAUAACUGAAGAUGGGGUUGAGGGAGAAGCAAAGACGAUUUCUAACUAUACCAAACCAGAGACUGUGCAGCCAAACAUCUCCAACAAUCAGAGCAAUGACACCAUCACCGUAUCCUGGGAGGCUCCUGCAGGAAAUGUGGAGUCAUAUGAGGUUCUCCUGAGGAGCCGCAAUGGCAACCAAACCCGUGAUGGACCGGGUGGAGGCAACCAGACUUUCACAUUUAGAAACCUGUCAGCUGGGACGAUAUACAAUGCCACUGUCAUCACAAGGAGUGGACCCUUCAAUGAAACAUCUGGGGAAAGUACAACUGCCACAUAUCCCAAUCCUCCUGAGAGUAUUACCAUAACAUAUAAAGAUACGAACUCUACUUACAUUGAGUGGACUCCAGCAUUCUUCAUGACCGAUGCAGAUGAUUUUAGCUACUCUGUGACCAUUUCAAAUGCAUCAUAUGUGCUUAGAGUAUAUAGUACACCAGAUUUACAAUACAAUGUGACAGAUCUCACAUCUGGAACUCCACAUGUCAUCUGUGUGAAAACAGCAGGACCUCUUGGUUUCAACAGUACAGAUGUUUGCCAAAAUGCCACAACUAAGCCACACUCCAUUGGAAGCUUGACUGCUGAGACUGUAAACACAACAGCAGUAUACCUGCAGUGGGAACAACCAGGAGAGUACCAGAGUACUUACCGGUACCAGGUCCAGACCUCAGGAUGUCUCACUCCUCCUCAGACCUCCAAUACAAUAAUGGAAAAGAUCACCCUAACUGAUCUGACACCUGGAACCAACUGUAUAUUUACAGUUUCUGUCAUAACUGAAGAUGGGGUUGAGGGAGAAGCAAAGUCCAUCUCUAACUAUACCAAACCAGAGACUGUGCAGCCAAACAUCUCCAACAAUCUGAGCAAUGACACCAUCACCGUAUCCUGGCAGCGCCCUGCAGGAAAUGUGGAGUCAUAUGAGGUUCUCCUGAGGAGCCGCAAUGGCAAUCUAAGCAGCCCUAAACUGGAUGGAAGCAUCCUGGCUUUCCCAUUUAACAACCUGUCAGCUGGGACGAUAUACAAUGCCACUGUCAUCACAAAGAGUGGCCCCUUCAAUGAAAGAUCUGAGGAAAUUACUUCUGCUACAUAUCCCAAUCCACCAAGAGAUAUCGCCGUCGUUAGUAAGACUACAAGCUCCAUUGAUGCUAGCUGGCAUCCACCGGCUCUGAUGAAUAAUUCUGAUGGUUUCACCUACAUGGUGCACAUCAGCAAAGCAUUAAAAGAAGAAGAUGAAAAAGAAGACGAAAAAGCAUUUGAAGAAGACGAAAAAGAAGACGAAACAUUGCAGCUUAGCCAGACGUGGCCAAACCUCCAUUCAGGAACUCCAUAUUUCAUCUGUGUGAAAACAAUCGGACCACUUCACUUAAACAGUAAUAGUUCUUGUAUCAUCGUCACAACGAGACCUGAGAGUGUUACAUCUGUAGAAGCUUCAAUUGUAACCAACAAAAGCAUUACAUGGAAGUGGACUGAACCACCUGACAAGAAGGGGGGUUACAAAUACCAGUUGAACUUAACCGAUGAUACUAAUAGUACUCCAAUCAGGGAAACUAUACGUGAGGAGACAUAUACGUUCAGUGAAUUGACUCCAGGAGUUAAUUACACUGUCACUGUCACCACACUUACUUCUGAUGACACAGACGGAACACCCAAAUUUGCAUCCAAAUGCACAGACACAAGUGGACUUGCAGAAAUGAAAUGCAAUGGUGAAAACCAAACACCAUCUGCCCAGCUGGACUUGGAGUGGCAGAAACCUGAAGGACAAUACACUGGAUUCAACAUCAGCAUCAGAGCCAUGACCAACUCUGCUGAAGACGUCUAUAAUAAAACACUGAAAAGCUGUAGUACAUGUGAUCACAGCAUCAACAAAUACCUGGAAUAUGCCACAGAGUACAAUGUGACUAUUUGGACUCUGGGAUGUGGAAAGGCGGGGAGUUUCAGCAAGUUGUGCAAAACGGGAGUCACAGCUCCACCAAAGGUUACAGACAGUGCAAAGGUGAAGGCAGAGGUGAAAUCUCACAACACCAUCCGGCUGACCCUUGGUGGUGAAUUCCUGGACCCUUCGAGUGGACCUAUCAUAGAGUAUGGGGUCCUGGUGUCUGACAGUACCAAUCCCAAUUUCGUACCAUCCGAUUUAGCAAACACAUACAGUGAUUGGAAAGACAGAAAAGCUUCAAACUACCUUGCUACUAUACAAGAGCCUCAUGCAGUCUCCCGCAGUCUAGAAGAAAGCAAAAUCAUUGUCAUUUUGGGAGAUAGACAACAGUCUCACCAUUCUCACUAUGUGAAUGGCCCACUGACCCCCACCAAAACAUACAGGUUUGCAGUUGUCACCUGUACUGCCCUGGUCCUGAAUGAGAGAACGGACCGUGUGAACCCAGACGUUUCAAUUUGUUCCAUUUCGCCAUUUCCAAACUAUUCUUUAGAUCUUCCUCAAGACCCAGUUGUCAUCAUCACAGCCUCAGGGGCCACUGUUGGCGUUUUGGCGUUUUUCCUGAUCAUUGCCAUAGGCUUCUUCAUCUUCCUCAAGAGGAAAAAAAAUAGUAGACGUGAUACUGACAUCGCAUUUUCUACAAUGAGAAAUGUGCCUGUGCAGAUAGAGGAGUUUGAUGCUUACUUCAAACGACUAAGUGCCAACACCAAAUGCGGCUUUGCAGAGGAUUUUGAGGACUUUAAGCCAGUCGGCACAGCCCAAUCUACAGCCACUGCCAGUGUAUUGGAGAACAAGUCAAAGAACCGCUACAGCAACGUACUGCCCUAUGAACCAGCCAGGGUGAAGUUGUCUAUUCUCAGCAGCCAGUUUGAUGACUAUAUCAAUGCGAGCUACAUACCGGGGGAGAAUUCCAGGAAGGAAUUCAUUGCUGGCCAGGGCCCCCUGCCCGCCACAGUCAACGACUUCUGGAGAAUGGUGUGGGAGAAGAACGUCAGGACCAUAGUGAUGCUGACCAGGUGCAAUGAACAGGGACGGGUGAAAUGUGAGCAGUACUGGCCCCCUGAGAGUAAGCAUUAUAACAACAUCAUCGUCACAACCACCUCUGAAAUUGCACUUGAUGACUGGACUCUGAGGGACUUUGACAUCAAAAAUGUGAAGACGGCGGAGACCCGUGCCGUGCGCCAGUUCCACUACACGGCCUGGCCCGAUCACGGCGUCCCUGAGACCACCGAGCUCCUCAUCAACUUCCGCCACCUGGUGCGGGAGCACAUGGACCAGCACUCCCUCCACUCCCCCACCAUAGUGCACUGCAGUGCUGGAGUGGGUCGCACAGGAACCUUCAUUGCCAUUGAUCGUGUCAUCUUCCAAAUUGAGCGUGAAAGUAAGGUGGACGUGUUUGGCAUCGUCUAUGAAAUGCGCAUGCAUCGACCUCUCAUGGUCCAGACAGAGGACCAGUAUGUGUUUCUGAACCAAUGUGCUUUGGACAUCAUCAAGUCAAGGUUGGGCACCAAUGUUGACUUGAUCUACCAAAACACGGCAGCUACCAGCAUUUAUGAAAACGUGAAACCUCCACAUGUGUAACAGAUAAUAAUACCGUAUCUGCAUUGAAAGAAAUACACAUUAACAAAACUGGAUGUAUAUUAGACUUAAUUUAAUUGCCCAGCAUACAGAAAUGCCGUAAAAUAUAUAUAUGAUCUUUUUCGCAUACCUCAGCUAGCAGGUGCGUAGGAGAUGACCCAUGGGUCACUAAUCAGACAAACUAUAAAACUCCUGCACUGACCAUUUAGCUC